AUGUCAGAGCCAGUUUUGACUUCAAAUCAACAUGGUCCACUUGCUGGUUCGACCAGUGUUGAGUCUUCGGUUUGGACCAAGGACUUUUCGAAUGAAGAGCUAAAAGCAGUUUGGAAGGCUAAAGCUUAUAGCAUAUUGGAGAUGUUCAUGAAUCAUAAUUCGGCAACUCCUGAAGCGACCACUUCAAGUAGAAGUCGUCGAUCUGUCGAUCAAUUAGAAGUCGAAACUACCACUUCAAGUAGAAGUCGUCGAUCUGCCAAGUCACAUGAGGGGUACACUUUCGAAGAAAUUUUGAGAGCGCUGUUUGAUUCGAGUCCAGCAAUACAUAAAUCAACAAUUUUCUUGCCCUUGACCACAAUCCGUAUUUUAACUAUCUCUCUAAUUUCUCAUAUUGGUGGAUACUUUCUGAGAAAUCUGGCAGCGUCAUUAGCCGUUCCAUAUGUUCUUGCUUUGAUUGGUGCAUUUGGAGUUCCAGCUUACUUUUUCUACUUCUACCCGGCGCCCUUCAGAAGCGAACUUAUCUCUCUACUAGCUUAUUUCGGUUCUUCCGUGAUUCAAGGGUUGUUCGUUGGAGCAGGAUUGGCUCACUUGAAAAUUGAAGCUGAGCCCUUUAUGGGUCUCACUCCAUUGGUUACCACACUCUCCCUUUUUUAUAUGUUAGCUUAUGCGCAUCAUCGGGUCAAUCUUUUCUACUGCACCAGCAUUUCCCUUCUUGCACAUUGUUUAAUUGGAGCUAUGAUGGGUUCUCUCUCUUCCCGACCUUAUCAAAUCCUCACUGGUCUUUACACUUUCUCUUUAUGGUGCUUCUUUCAAUUGGAUAUCUACAAUAUGAAAAACAUUGAAAAGGAACGAAGCUACGCCGAGAUCUUGGCGGAAAAUGUUCAUGUCUGGCUUGUCAUUGCUUCUAAAUGCAUAGUCUAUGGAAUUUAUGGUAUUCCGAUUGGAAAUCAUUUCAAUGAAUAA